AUCAUUUGCCUCCUUUUUUAUAGGGGUGGGGAUGGGGGAGAGGGUUGAUAAUUAGUUUUAUGGGGCACUUUAGAGUAUACUGACGUGCACCAAAACAACGAGAGAGAAGAAAGCAAGGGAACAGUCUUACAUUGCCAUAUUAUUUGACUAGUGUAAAUGGGAGAAAGAAGUGGGCAGUGUGAAAGAGGGAACAUGGAGGACGACGUUGAGAUGGGAGCGGGGGAAAACGGCGGCGUGGAAUUGGAUGACAUGAAGAAGAGGUUAAAAGAGAUGGAAGAUGAAGCGGUUGCUCUCCGUGAAAUGCAGGCCAAGUUCGAAAAAGAAAUGGGUUCUGUUCAAGACCCUGCUGCUGCUGCUGCAAACCAGGCAAACAAGGAAGAAGUGGAUUCUCGAUCUGUCUUUGUUGGAAAUGUGGAUUAUUCUUGCACUCCAGAGGAAGUGCAGCAACAUUUUCAGGCAUGUGGGACAGUAAAUAGAGUUACAAUCCGAACUAACAAGUUUGGGCAACCUAAAGGAUAUGCUUACGUUGAGUUUCUUGAACCAGAAGCUGUCCAUGAAGCUCUUCUUCUGAAUGAAUCUGAACUUCAUGGCCGCCAACUUAAGGUAUCAGCAAAGAGGACUAAUGUUCCUGGUAUGAAGCCGUACCGUGCUAGGCGGCCCAACCCGUAUAUGGGAUUUCGAGGUCGGACACCAUUCAUGCCUGCUCCUUAUUUUUUCCCUCCUUAUGGAUACGGAAAGGUUCCAAGGGCUAGGGCGCCGAUGCGUUACAGCCCUUACUUCUGAGACUCUUUUCUUUGUCCCUUGACGUACAUACCUCUGGAUGGUGGGACAUUUCAUUAAAAACACUAGCUUCUUAUCCCCUGUAUGGCUAAUUGCCUUAACAAAUCUUAUUAAUUGCGUAAUUGGGUUUUCAGGAGAGCUUUGUGGCAAAUAUUGUGAUCAUGAAUCCUGUUGGUAUUUAUGUUUUUAGAGUUGUUGAAAACAUAUGCAUGUGAUCUUGAAAACGUGCAUGUUUGGGAGUUCCA